GACGCGCUGGCCCACAGCCUCUCCGAGCGCCGGGGAGAGCUGCUGAUGGCCUCUCCCCGCGCAGGGAAUGCCCCCCCGGGUGUGGACCCGGAGGCUUUCUCUUGGUUCCAGGCUGUCGACGCCGAUCGCAGCGGGUACAUCUCCGUGAAGGAGCUGAAGCAGGCGCUGGUCAAUUCCAACUGGUCGACGUUCAACGAUGAGACCUGCCUGCUGAUGAUAAACAUGUUCGAUAAGACCAGGUCGGGACGCAUAGACGUGUACGGCUUCUCGGCCUUGCUGCGCUUCAUCCAGCAGUGGAAGAACCUUUUCCAGCAGUACGACAGGGACCAGUCGGGUUCCAUCAGCUUCAGCGAGCUCCAGCAAGCUUUCUCCCAGAUGGGCUAUAACCUGAGCCCCCAGUUUAGCCAGCUGCUGCUGGCCCGCUACGCCCAGCGAUCCUCCAACCCCAGCAUCCAGCUCGACCGCUUCAUUCAGAUCUGCAUGCAGCUCCAGAGCACGACCGACGCCUUCCGCGAGAAGGACACGGGGCUGGUGGGCAACGUGCGGCUGAGCUACGAGGACUUCCUCACCAUGGUCGUGACUCGCAUGAUGUGACGCCCUCGGCAGCUCCGCGGGAGCAGCAGCCGUCCUCGGCCC